AUGGGAAUACAAAGAUUUUCUCGGGCAACGGACGGCGUCCCAGGUUAUGCACCGUACCAGGUGCAAAUGUUGAACAGUACCACAAAUCAUCACAUGUGCUGUGGGGCGAUCAUCAACGCCUUCUUUAUCUUGACCGCGGCACACUGCCUGAUUCGACCACGUACGGGUUCGUCCAAAGAGUAUCGUAACGCCUCCGAAAUUCUCAUCGUCGCCGGAAAGUAUCAAAGGAAUGGGUCAGGUUUCAGUCUAUGGAUUCGGCAUAACUCGAACUUAUCCUGGCCAUUUAUCCCAGUAUCCGGAUACAUCGCAGGUGUCCACCCUUCAAAUUAUAAGUACUUCCGAGUGUGCCAGGCUCCACAACCCAUCAUUAGUGACGUGAUGUGUGCAGUGUCAAAGAAAACAGCGCUUUGUCCAGGGGAUUCUGGUUCCCCCGUGGUCUGUCAGGAUGACUCUCUUCCAAUCUCGUCACUCCCCCUUGGACGCCAACCGUCGCGAGAUAUCCUGUGCGGAAUCGUGUCCUGGGGUGGACCUUUAGUAGAGUGUAUGGCACAUUGGAAUGGAUCAUUUCAUUCAGAACCAUGGGCACAAGUCUUCACAAAAGUCUCACAUUUCUCAGAUUGGGUUUCUCGUGCGAUACAGGGGAGAAAGAUAAAAUCCCACUUUCUUUGCAAGUCGGAGCUUCAGUACGUCUACAAAUUUGAGAAGUGCGACUCGUACGUGGAUUGUGACGAUGGGUCAGACGAGAUGAAUUGCAAAAUUCAUCUUCAGCACGAUGGAAAUAAAACUGGAGACGCAAAUUCGACUGUAACUGAAAACCCCACAACAACACAAAGAAUCCCCACGACCACCAUCACCGGAAAUAACCCCACAACGACCACCCCUGCCCCUGAAGAUGACCCCACAAGAACCACCCCGAUUACUAAAAAUUACCUCAAAACAACCACCCAGAUUACUAAAAAUGACCCCACAACAACCACCCCGAUUACUAAAAAUGACCCCACAACAAACACCCCGAUUACUAAAAAUGACCCCACAACGAACACACCUGUCACUGAAGAUGACCUCGCCACCACCACCACAAAUGUGGCUCGAACAACGCCAGCAUAUGAGAUAAUCGAUCUUGAUGAUUUUGACCUCACGUUUUCUAAUUGGAGAGAUUAAGUUGUGCUAAACAUUUGUGGCAUGACAUUUAUUUAUAAUCAUAUAUAUUUAAACCCAAGUCUAAUUAAUGGAGGUGAAUCAAAUUUUUCCUGACAGCCUUUCUGGUUUGGCUAAAUCUCUAUGAAUUAAUUAAUUAUUUAUAUUUUACAAUAACCUUCUAAAUUUCUUGAGGAAGUACUUAUAGCAAAAUGAAAUAAAAAAUAAAACAAUAGAUAUUUAGAAAAAAUUACUGAAUUGUGUGUAACGUAGUGAAGCGCUAAAAUUGGAACUAAUUAAAGAAACACGGUUUAUUUGUAAAUAUGUAUGUAGAUGGAUUUAAUGUAUUGGUACAUUCAUUCCUGUUUCCUGAAUAUUAUUAUUUAAUGAAUAUUUUUGAAACCUAGUUAUAAUACUAAA